GCAUGCUGGUAAAUGUAGUCAACAAAGGCGUCAAAAUGGUGGAUUUUCAACCUCCUCCUUUCAGAACCUUGGACGAUUUUCUGCUGGGUUCGGCUCGAUUGUCUGUGCCUGAUGUUCGUAACUUGGAUCGGUGGAAUAACCGAAUCAUUAACAACCUUCUGUAUUACCAGUCGAACUAUUUUGCUUUCGCCGCGGCAUUUUUGGUUAUAGUCGGAUAUUUCCAACCACUCCAGCUGAUCCUUGGGGCAACAAUUGUGAUCCUUCUGUUUUGGGGGUUUGUCUGGGCAGCUGAAAACAAGGCGGUAAUCCGACGAUUCCGGAGGAAUCAUCCAUCGCUCUCCCUGGCUGCAAUUUUGGGCUCCAGCUACCUUCUUCUGUCUGUUUUGGGAGGAGUAGCUGUUUUCCUCUUUGGCAUUGCCUUCCCCAUAUUAAUGAUCUUACUUCAUGCUUCAGUAAGACUCAGAAGCCUUAAGAACAAACUAGAGAAUAAGUUGGAGAGUAUAGGAUUGAAGAGGACACCCAUGGGCCUGCUACUGGAAGCGCUGGGACAGGAACAAGAGGCUGGAUCAUAGCUGUGCUAACUAUUAACUAACUGUGCUAUCGCUCACCCCUUCUGUCCUAUGAGCUUCUUACAUGUCCUUAAAAUAUGUAUGAAAACAGAUAUUGGCAAAAAAUAUA